CCUUCCGCCUGCGCUCGCUCAUCCCGACAACAUCCUAAACCUCGCAGCGUGGCAAUCGCGAGGCCAUUUAAUCCCAUCCUGUCUUUCUUGUAUCGCAGCCUUCUUUCAUUUCUGCCUCACUGUUAGUCUUCUACUUUUCUUGCGGCACCCGCCGCUUUCCUUACCCUCAACAUGGCCUUACAGGCUCCGCUGUCUCAACUUCCUAGCCUGUCCGCACUCGGCCCAGAUAUCCUGCCUUCACUCUUUACAUCUCCGUUGGCCACUCUUCGGCGCCAUCGCCUCACGAAACGACGAGCUGAAGGAAACGUCCCGGUCGCGCGGGAAUUACACUCGUCUACGAAACAAAUUCUUCCUGAUUUCAUGGCUGCGGUGCCGACAAACAGCUUGCGGUCAGCCCCGCUACUUAUCAAUGCUCAUCGAUUACUCCCUAUAAUGUCACAAAAUCUUCGCGCGCCCACAAUGCCAUUCCAGACCCCUCUUUCAGUCCUUCGACGAUCUCUCUCGACAAAUACGCCACGAGUUCCGACUCCGACAACUCGCACGCGAUCGAUGCAUACCAGCCGCACGAAGUUGACGCCGACAUCUCUCUUAUUCGGCCCUCCACGCAGGGGAGGAACUAGUUUCGUGCCUUCAGCUAGACAAUUUUCCAUGUCGUUCCAACCCGCCAACCAAAACAUGCUCGCCCACGCUGAACGAACUGCCAACAAUAACCCCACAAGUGCCUCGGCGCAGACGGCUUUCUACUCGGCAUUGCUACGGGCAAAUAUGCCCAAGAUCGUCAUUGAAAGAUAUCAGUCCGGUCGUUAUGCCUCAAGUCCCGCGGCAGAUGCUUCAUAUCUCAAGGCUCUGCAAAUGACUGGCUCUGUGCCUGCUCCUGGAGCGAAUGUUCCCGCCGGGGCAAUGGCACAAGGUGGUGGACUAAGCCCUGAGAAACUACAAGCGGUCGGCCAUGCUGUUGCAGGACAGAACUAUGGUGGACAAAUGGUCAUGCCUGGUAACAAGUCUGGCACCGGCGCGAAAGAGGCACCUCUUUAUGUUGUCGUGGAGGAAUCAUGGGGCGCCACUAUUCUCAAAUGGGUCAGGACAUUCCUCUGGGUUGGUCUUGCCGGUUAUUUCCUUUUGGUUAUUCUCACUAUGGUCGUCGAGUUUACUGGCAGUUUCCGAACGCGGGUCGGGCAGAACAAUGAGGUCCAGCCCCAACACCAGACUGUCCGUUUCAAUGACGUUCAUGGAUGCGACGAGGCGAAGGAGGAAUUACAAGAAUUGGUGGAAUUUUUGAAGAACCCCGACAAGUUCAAUCGACUAGGUGGCAAACUUCCUAAAGGUGUCCUACUGGUUGGUCCUCCCGGUACUGGCAAAACCAUGCUUGCCCGUGCGGUCGCUGGUGAAGCUGGAGUUCCUGUGUUCUACAUGUCUGGGUCCGAAUUUGACGAACUCUACGUUGGUGUGGGGGCGAAACGUGUUCGAGACCUCUUCUCUCAAGCACGGAACAAGGCUCCUGCUAUCAUCUUCAUCGACGAACUUGAUGCUGUUGGAGGAAAAAGGAACGCCCGGGACCCGGCGUAUGCCAAACAGACACUCAACCAGUUGCUUACCGAACUGGACGGUUUCAGUCCUAGUACCGGCGUCAUCCUUAUUGCUGCUACAAACUAUCCGGAAUCUCUCGACAAAGCACUGACUCGACCUGGUCGUUUCGAUCGCCACGUUACCGUUCCCCUGCCAGAUGUAAGAGGCCGCAUCGAGAUCUUGAAGCACCACAUGAGGAAUAUGCCCAUUGCCGCAGAUGUUGAUGCCACCAGCCUCGGUCGUGCAACCAGUGGAAUGUCUGGUGCCGAACUCGAGAAUCUGUGUAAUCAAGCUGCUGUGCAUGCCUCUCGAAUGAAAUACAAAAAGGUCAAUGCUCAGAAUUUUGAGUGGGCCAGAGACAAGAUCUUGUUAGGUGCCGAGAACAAGUCCAGACAUAUCCGGGAAAAGGACAAGGUGAUGACGGCAUAUCAUGAAGCCGGCCAUGCGCUGGUAGCCCUUUUCACACCUGGAAGCAAGGAACUCUACAAGAUGACCAUCGUCCCUCGCGGACAUGCUCUCGGCGUGACCCACCAGCUUCCCGAAAUGGAUGCUGUGAGCUAUGCGUACGACCAAUAUCUUAGCGAUAUCGACGUGUCGAUGGGCGGACGAGCAGCCGAGGAGUUGGUCUAUGGUCCGAACAAGGUUUCAAGUGGCAUUGCAUCAGAUGUUCAACAAGCGACACGUGUUGCCUAUCACCUCGUUACUCAAUUUGGAUACUCACCCAAGCUUGGCAACGUCGAUCUCCAUUCGGAUUACAACAACCUAUCGAGCGAGACGAAGCAAGAGAUUGAGCGUGAAGUCCGUGAGAUUGUGGAGGGUGGAAGACAAAGGGCAGACAAAAUUGUCAAGGACAAGAGAAAGGAAUUGGAGGCUUUGAAAGAUGCUCUUCUCGAGUUUGAGACACUGGACAAGGAAGAAAUUAUGAAGAUCCUACGAGGAGAGAAGUUGAAGCGAUUGGAAGUUCAAUUACAAGAAGAAGAGGAAAAGACCGAUAACAACAACGGUGGUCGAGGCAGCCCUCAACCCAAGAAGGAGAAAGAAGUUGGCCCUAAAGGUGGUGUAGGGAUCAAGCUUCCCGAUGUUCUACUUCCUCAAGGUGGUCGAGCAGGUGAGCAGGAGAGUGCUCGAGUAUCCGACAGAUGAUUGGGAUUGAGUGUACUCUUACAGAGCAGGAUGGGGUUUUUCUUUGUGCAGAUUUAGCGAGGUUAUAAGAAUGACUCUCUUCUUGAGCAAGUGGAACAAUUUCCCUUUUCUUUUUGAGUACCUUUAUUCCAUAAGUGUACCUGUAUGUUUAAAAUGUAUAGGUGUAGAUACUUAUGAGGGACAGUUGUCUAGAUGCAAACAAAGUACGUCACCCGCUUUGCACCCCCAAGAAAAAGUCCCCCAACGUCGGUUUCGCACAAGUCAACACGAUUCGCCAGGCCAAAGCACAUUUGUAUGUGUGCGGGUCACCUUUCCAUCUUAGAGCUAUGGCACUUUUCAUAGAUCUCCUUCCCCAGACUCCUCUCCAUAGACACCAAUACCAAUGCAUUGCAACGCCACUCUUCCCUGUCCUUCUGUCUCGUUCUCGGAGCAAGCCAAUAUCUGGUGGACGUACAGUGAUUCUGCGAGUGGCCGACAGUGAUUUGGCGGGCUUCCAGGGGCGGUUUGGCAGUUGAGUAACUGGCUGAGGCGUCGUCAUUUGGCCUUGCCCUCAAUUGUCCCGUACAGUAUGUCGAAGAGAUACGAACAAAGGGAUUCAGCUAGACCGAGAUAGGUAUCGAGGCUUAGAGUUUGGCCAAGCUCAACCAAGCAUUCGUCUGGGCGUGCUUGUCCCGUCUCCACAUGCUCCAACUAUUGUCUUUUUGAGUGUGUGACAUCACAGGCUUACGACGUUGCCGCGACCUCGCAGGUUUCUGUCCCUCUUCCUUGGCUGGC